AUGGAUAUUGAAGAAUCGACGAGUGUCGUUGCCCAGGUCGGCCCGGAAGUCUUCCUUGACGCAAUGCAAGCCACCCCUGACUUCGAUAUCCUCAUCGGUGGGCGAGCUUACGAUCCAGCGCCCUAUGUCGCCUACGCUCAAUUCGCAUUGAACCGCCAACACCCCGGUCUAGCAGAACAAAAGUCCGAGCACAGACUGGGCGGUUUUACCCACAUGGGCAAGGUUAUGGAAUGCGGCGGCGCAUGCUCCCAACCGAAAUCGCACGGCGCUAUCGCAAGUGUCUUUGCAGACGGUGUGUUUGAUGUUCGACCCCUGGCAUUCGAGUCCAGAUGUACAGCGCAAACUGUCGCCGCCCAUGCGCUGUAUGAGAACACGCGGACCGACUUCCUUAAAGGCCCUGGUGGUGCGCUGGAGCUGCUGGGAGCAGUGUAUGAGGAACUGCCCGAUCAAAGAACUGUCAGAGUGCGCGGUAGCAUUUUCAAGAGCUCGAGAGAGCAGGGUCUGCCCUAUUGCUUCAAGUUAGAAGCCGGCAAGCUCGUGGGCUACCGUUCACUCUUCAUGGGCAGUAUCAAAGACUAUGGUCUUAUUGAGCAGAUUGACACUCUCCUCCCGGCUGUCAAAGCCUACGUCAAGCAGCAACAUGUGCACUUGUCUGACAACUGGAAUCUCGACUUCCACGUCUACGGAAGGGACCACACGAAUAAACGUGGCGGCCCUGGGGAGCUGUUUGUCGUGGCAGAAGCGCUGGCACCAUCCCGAGAGUUGGCCAGCAGCAUCGCGUCAAAGGCGCGUAUAGGAUUAAUUCAUGCACCAUAUCCUAAACAGAAAGCAACUUCAGGCAAUGUCGGCUUCGGUAUUGGCGGAUUAAUGGAGAUUGAGGCCGGUCCCUGCGCGGAAUUCUCGGUUUAUCAUCUGCUUGAACUUAAGUUGGGAGAAGAACACCUUGUCCUGGACAAUACCCCUGAGAUUGAAGGGUCCUUGCAACUUCGCAGGACGGUCCAAACUUUCGGUCACGGAAGGCCUACAAUCAACGGUCUUGACUUCCAGAGGGACGUCGCGCGUCUUCGUGACACUCUGCGACAGCCAACGACCAACAGCCAACCUCGGGCGACAGGCGAGGAAGCACCUCGCACAUGUCUCCCCGCCAACUUGUCCGACCUCUGUGGGGUGUUUCGAUCCAAGAACGCCGGACCUUUCGAAAUCACCAUCGACGCCAUGUUUCUCACGCCCCAAAUCUACGAGGCAGUCAAGAAGUCCAACAUCCUCACACCUGAAACGGUCGCUCGCGAACUGGGUGUGUGCAGGAAGGACAUCAUCUGGAUGGGCUUCUACGGCCCAGCCAAAGCUUUCAAAGUCACCAUACCAAGAAUUCGCUCGGGCAUGAAAAAGGCCGCCGGAGGAUUCAUGGAGAAUGACGUCCACGGCUCCCAAGAGCAUGUCGGCUUGGCGACACUGAAGCUACCACAAGACCUCGAGGAUCUUGUGUCUUUGGAUUCAGCAGCAUCAAAGGCCGUGGUGAACACUACACGUGAGUGGACGACAGUUCUUGGGGUGGCGGCUGCAGUCGGAAGUUUGGGUGUCGCCGCAUUGCUCAAGCGAUUGGUGAGUGGGAGGUGA